GUAUGAUAAUUAAGAAACCACAUUUAUUAUUCUUUGUGAACCCAUUCGUCAUGCCGAAAAAAAAAACAGGUCAGCGAAAAAAAGCGGAAAAGCAGAAAAUCAGACAGAAAAUGAUGUUAGAAAGUAAGAAAUCUUGUGACCUAGCUACAAAUCCGUCCAAUCUAUUGAUGGUAGGCUUAAAGUGCCGAGAUAAUAUCGUACCUUCAGGAAUGCAAAAAAACAGAGCGUUUUGUUACUUUUGUCAAUCCAUGCAACGGCUGCCAAUUUGCGGACAUUGCGGAAAGCAAAAAUGCAUGUCGAAAUCCGGUGAUUGUGUCAUUAAACACGGCUCUAGCCACGCGACCGGUAUGUCGAUGUUGGGAGCCAUAUGCGACCACUGUGAGGCCUGGAUCUGUCAUAGUGCAGCCUGUCUAUCCGUUCAUGGCUGUGAAUGUCCCCUACGAGACGCGAUGUGCAUAGAAUGCGAUAGAAGUGUUUGGGACCAUGGUGGAAGAAUGUUCUCUUGUGCUUACUGUGAGCGGAUGCUUUGUGAAGACGACCAAUUUGAACAUCAGGCCAACUGCCAGCGGCUUGAUGCCGAAGACUUUAAGUGUCCUUCAUGCAACCGACUUGGUGGACACACAUGCUUAAGGUGCAAAGUCGCCUUUUGUGACGAGCACUGCCGCCGCAAGGGUGUCAAGUACGAGCGCGGCAAGCCGGCCGCCUGUCCUAGAUGUGGUCAUGAUAUGACCGAAAGCUACCACCUUAGUGUAUCAGCUCGCAAGUAUGAAUAUGGACGUCAACUCCAUGAGUCAGCCGAAGUUAACCACAGUGGUCACGGUAGUGAUGAGGAUGGCGAGGUUGAAGAUGAGGAUGAGGUCGGCGAGAACGGAUAUACUUCUAAUUGA